AUGUUGCCACCAGUUCUUAUCAUUUCAAUAAGUAUUGUAGCUAUUGAAGUUGUUGUUGGAUUUAUUGGAAAUGGAUUUAUUACAGCUGUUAAUAUCAUUAACCGGAUCAAGAGCAAAAAAAUUUCUUCUGCUGAUAUGAUCCUGAUCUUUCUGAGCACAUCAAGGUUUAUCUUGCAGGUGACCAUACUGAUGCACAUUCAUAGUCUCUACUUUGCGGAUGUGUUUAAGUUGGCUUCUGUGUACAAAGCUUUUGGUGCUGUACAGAUGGUUGUAAACCUUGCCAGUUUGUGCUUCAGUACCUGGCUUUGUGUACUCUACUGUGUAAAAAUAAUCAAUGUCACCCAAUGGCUGCUGCUGCAAAUCAAACUCAGAAUAGCUGGAAUGGUCCCAUGGCUGUUUCUAGGAUCACUGGUGAUCUCUUCUGUGAAUUCUCUUCCUUUAUUAUGGAUUAAAGCCAGCACUUACCUCUGCAGCUCAAUGGGGAACUGUAGAGAAAAUAGCACAGCACAUAUCACCGACUGGGACAGUUUGCAUCUCUACCUGCUUCUCUUUGUAGGUUGCUUUUUUCCUCUAGUACUGUCUGUGGUAAUCUCAGCCCUAUUAAUUACUUCUCUAUGGAAACACACAAAGAAGAUGCAAUGUCAUGUAGAUACUUUCAGGGAUCCUGCGAUAGACACUCAUGUACCUGCCAUUAAAUCUAUUGUUUCUUUCUUGAUCCUGUAUCUUUCCAGUUUUGUAGCUCAAAUUCUGUUGAUACUGUCCACUUCUCAAAGUAAAGAUGUUGCAAAAGUUGCAGUAUCCUUAGUUGUAGCUGGGGUGUAUCCUUCCAUACACUCUAUUCUUCUGAUCAUAGUCAAUUCAAAACUGAAAUUGGCAUUCAGGAUGCUUUGCCAGCAUCUUAAGUGCCAUUUCAAAAAUAUGACUCUAUGCCUCAUAUUAUAG